AUGUUCAAAGAGAUGCGAGCAGCGCUCGACAUUCCGAAAUCAGUUGAUAUACUUGACCACAUCCGCGAUCUGUCCAACGUUCCAGAUUCAGAUUCUGGGUUGCAGACAGAGUCGCAAUCGUCACUCAACUCCUCGAGUCAGCCAGUCGAAGCGGCGCUGUCCCACACUGCAUCGCCACCAGACCCGGCGCCAACGUCGCCUCAAGCACGAGCGGUGGCCAAGAUACGGCACAUCGAGCGGACGGCCAUGAGCUCGCAGAAACCUCAGCCAGGGCUCAAUCAACUCAUGGCUUACCUCAGCAGUCGCAGCAUUCCCAAAGCUUUGUGCACGCGGAAUUUCCCGGCGCCUGUGCACCACCUGCUGGACAAGUUUCUGCAAGGAGAAGUAUUCGAGCCGAUCAUCACGCGAGACACGGAGGGCAUUGCCCCGAAGCCGAGUCCUGAGGGAUUGUGGUCGAUUGCACAGGCCUGGGGACUGGAUCGAGACGCCGACGAUGGAGCCAUACAACAGCUGCAGGCAGGUAGUGAGCUAGCCGGGGCUGACCCACUAGAACUGGCAAAACGCUACCUGGGCUCUGGUUUGAUCAUGGUUGGCGACAGUGUUGAUGACAUAACUGCAGGGCGGAGAGCUGGUGCAGCAACUGUAUUGUUAGCGAACGAUGAGAAUGAGCAUCUGGUGGAGCACGAGUGCACGGACUUGAGCAUUAGACGCCUAGACGAGCUCAUAGAUAUUCUGGAAAGGGGGUUUGAGGCGCAUAAGUAG